CAAGGCGCUGCUCCGCUAGACUCUGCCACCAGGUGCCUCUUCCUCCCGCGUGUCGUCUGGAAGUUUCCUGAGAACAGAGGAGUUUCUUCGCUCUCCGCGAAGAAUAGCGGCUUUUUCACCACUCCAAGCUUAAAUUAAUCAAGAACUAAAGAUGGUGAAGGAAACGGGUUACUAUGACAUGCUUGGGGUGAAACCCACUGCAUCACAGGAUGAACUCAAAAAAGCAUACAGGAAAUUGGCCCUCAAGUACCAUCCUGACAAAAAUCCAAAUGAAGGAGAAAAGUUCAAGUUGAUCUCACAGGCAUACGAAGUCCUUAGCAAUGAAGAAAACAAAAUUUAUGAUCAGGGAGGAGAACAGGCCCUCAAAGAAGGAGGUAGUGGAGGUGGAAGCUUCUCCUCUCCCAUGGACAUCUUUGAUAUGUUCUUCGGUGGAGGAAUGAGGCGAGGACGAGAAAAGAGAGUGAAGGAUGUCAUUCACCAAAUGAGUGUUUCAUUAGAGGAACUUUACAACGGAGCUACUCGAAGAUUGGCUCUGCAGAAGCAUGUUAUCUGCAACAAAUGCGAAGGCCAGGGCGGAAAGAAACCCCCGGAGAAGUGCCCUUCAUGCAGAGGAACUGGAAUGCAGGUCCGAAUUCAGCAGCUAGGGCCAGGCAUGGUAUCCCAGGUGCAGAGUAUGUGCGGAGAAUGUCGAGGGCAGGGUGAACGUAUCAAUCCUAAGGACAGGUGUAAGGCAUGUGAGGGCAGAAAGGUGGUCAAAGAGAGAAAGAUCUUAGAGGUUCACGUGGACAAGGGCAUGGAAGAUGGACAGAAGAUUGUGUUCUCAGGUGAAGGGGACCAAGAACCAGGCCUUGAGCCAGGAGAUAUUAUUAUUGUAUUAGAUGAGAAAGAGCACCCAACUUUCAGACGUGUCGUCAAUGAUCUCACAAUGCAGAUGCACAUAACUCUUGUGGAAGCACUGUGCGGCUUCCAGAAACCCAUUAAAACUUUAGAUGAUAGGACUAUUGUUGUUAGCACCAUUCCUGGUGAAGUGAUCAAGAAUGCUGAAAUCAAGGCUGUGUUAGGUGAGGGCAUGCCUCAAUACAAGAAUCCAUUUGAAAAGGGACGUUUGCUCCUCCAGUUCCUCGUAGACUUCCCAUCACAAAUUCCUCUAGAUCGAAUCCGAAAGCUAGAGAAGAUUCUCCCAACCAGACCUGAGGUAAUAGUCCCAGAUGAUGGCGAGGAAGUGAACCUUGUGGAGUUGGACCACAAUCAGCGAGGAAGGCGUCACAACCACAUCUAUGAUGAUGAUGAUGAUGACCAUCAUGGAGGACGGCAACAUGUCCAGUGCCAGACAAGCUAGGCUCCCACAGCUUUAUUGUGUAGGUGUCGGUAACUUAAAUAUUUGCAGCACCUUUCUUGCAUCCCUGUGAGCAGGUAUAUGUAGUGACUUGUGGCUGAAAGACUGGAGUGUGAUCAGCACACAGCAUGAAAGGUAACCAGGAUAUUUGAUAUUUCUAUGUUUGAGGUUUUGUGUUCAUGUUGUCUGCUUCUAAUUAUGUUCCAAUCACUUCACAUUUCACUUUAGUACAUGUCAGGAAGGGUGUCUGUUGUAGAAGGGAGGAUAUGUGGAUGAGGCUUCAGUAUUUAAAAAAUUAUAACCCCUUUUCUCUCAUAGGGAGAUGCAAUCUCCUGUAGAGAGCAUACCCCAAAGCUGGUGGUUUUAUUGCUUCCUACUAGAUGUUGUAGAGGACACCACAUUAUUAUAUAUUUUUUUUUAUUUUUUGUUUCCUUUGUUUUACAAUCUUGAUGAUUUGGAAAAUGGCCUCUCUAGUUUCUUGUUUUCCAUGGUUAUUUGUUCCAUAAUGAAACAGUCCUCAGAUAGCUCUGAAGGACAUUUUCUUCAGAAUCAAUGACAUAGUGCAGAUUUUAUAUUAAACUGAUUUUGAAUCAUGAAAUUUUUUUUUUUUUUUUUUUUUUCCAAAUCCUAAUUUACUAGGCAUCGUUUUAGCCAUAUGAUCACUGACACAAGUCUUGCUAUUUAGUAAUUGUAUGUUUUCAACACAUAUAUAUUCCAUUUGUACUGCAGAGGAUAGCCAAGUAUUCUCAAUGAGUAGUCUCAUUUCAUUAACUGUUAAUGUUCUAUUUUUCCUGUUCUCCCUCCACUGUGUCCACUUGUCAUCUUGUGUGUGCACUUGCAGUCUACUGUACACAAGACAUGUGAGACUCUGCAUGGUAAAACUGGUACCAGUUUUCAUUUUCCUGAGUUUUCAACCUAAACAAGAUCUAAAAGAAGUCAAUAACCAAACCUAAUAUUCAUCAAUUAAAACAAUGUCCAUGAUCCAAAAACUUGAUAUGUAAGUACAUGAAGAAACAAAAGAAUAUUUGUAUACAUGUAUUCAACCGUCUCUUUUACCAGUAAUCUAAAUACUACACAUCAAUUAUUUGCUUUAUCUCUACUGACACUGGUUGUACCUUCAUCUACUCCACUAUCUACUAAUUUACAGAUUGUGUCAGCAAAGUAGAUAGAAGUUGUACACACUUUUUUGAGAAAUUAAGAAAGGAAAUGAUGGCUCUCUAAGGAGGUUAACAUUCCAGUGAAGUAUUGUACAAUUUAAUCUUUGAAUAAAAAAAAUGUAAGCCAUCCAUAAAUUACAAAAUGCACAUGUUUUGAUAUUCUUUAAUUUUGGUAAUGUAAAAAAAACACUGGAUCUGCAGUUUCAUCAUGCAAAGCCUCAUUUGUAGACUAAUUGUAUAUAACUCUGACCCAGACUUCCUGAGGGGUUAGUCAUAGCUGUAUGAAGGACUUGAGAUAAAAGGCUUAAGCAAAAGUAUUGUUGAACAGUGGAGAGGUUAGGGAAAAGAUUUAUUACCCUUGAAGAGGUGAAAUUAAAAGGUGGCUACUUUUUUUCUCUGCUGAGGAGUGAUUCUCCUUCCCCUGAUAAAACAAUGUUGUGUAUGCACAAUCUUCCACCCCAUAGUUAUCUUUCAUUUUUACACAUGGAUUGAUCUUUUAAUACAUUAAGUUCAUGAAUGUGACACUAAUUUGAAGGAAGCUAGAGUUGAUAAAGCUGGAAGCUCAUUUAAUCUGAAGUUGGAUGCCCUCUAUGUAAGAUUUUUAACAGUGAAUAGUUAAUGAAAACAAGUAGCCUGUUUUUCACAGGUACCAGAAAAUGUAUGGCAAAGAUGGGAUUAGGAGUAAUACUGACACUCAUCCCAUAAAUGUUAGCUGGCAUUUUUGUGCCGUUUUGGAGACCUACUAUUUGAACAUAAAGGCAAUUUGUUAAAAUUUUUCAUUACAUUUAAUCAACCUACAGUAUAUAAUGAGAUCAUUCAGUACCUCAAGAAUAUUGUGUCAAGGCUUAUUAUUAUAUUGAGGGUUUAUUGUAUUUCAUCGCAUGGAUUUGAUUUCACAAAACUUCAAAUUAUGUAAAUGGUGGGGUAUUGACUCAUUCCAGUUACCAUUAUCAGGUUACUAAGUAUGAUGUGGAUGAGUUAUUGCAUAAUUUGGAACAAAUAAAUGAAAUACAUGUAUAAAAAAAAAUCAAUAAAUUGUAUGAAGACGUUGCCAGCUUUGGUUAGAGGUCCAUUGAAUAUAUGUAAAAAAGGGGGUGCUUUUACAACAGUGCAAUGAUUAUUACAUAAUUCCUGUUCCCAACAUCUCUACAAUAAUCUUAUAUAUUUUGUUUUUAACCUUUCUAUUAUACUGGGGACCUGUAAUACUUGUUUGGUUGAUAUAAAUCCUUCAAAAGA